AGCAGCCACUCUCCCGGAUCCCAGAGAGAUGGGGCAGUCUGUGCCCUAGGACGGAGAUCGGAAGAAGGAAAACAAGGACAAGAAGAUCAGCGAGAAAACACGACAUCUGGAAAAAGCGGAAGCACAGACGGGGCAGUAAAAGAACCCCCAGCAGGUGGAAGCCCGAUUUAGAGCAAAACGGUCAGGGUUUGGAGGGGGUGUUUUUUUAUUUUUAUCUUAUUUUACUUUAUUGUUUCUGGAAGAGAAAAUUUUUUCUGAAAGAGAAGUACCUGAAGAUUCGCCUUUUCCCUCCUACCGUUAAUGAAAACUACAUCUGUCCUCAUCAUAAAAGCAAAGACUAAGGGGAGAUAAAGGCAACCUCUGUGUUAUUAGGAGAGCUGAAGGGAAAUCCAGACUCUUUUUGAAGCUCCUGACAUAAGCUGCUGCCUGGUACACAGAGCAGACCAUCCCGGUUUCUGAAGAUACGUCCCUCUCAGCAGAUUCCAGCCCGAGUCGCUGGUUCAUACUUUUGUAUUUAAAUAUACCUGUCUCUCCCCACACUCCCUUUUUAGCAACACUUCCCUUGUUUUUAAGCACGAGUGACAAGAAAGCGUCCAUACAAAGUAGAGAUAUUUUUCGUUUUCUCUUUUAUCUGCUUAUCUUUUUUUAGAGAGUAGGAGUGCUCCCUGUUUCGGGAAAGGACACUUCGACUUUAAAGGCUCUCUCUCCGCGUAUUUACACGAGCACGCAUUUACGAAGACAGACAGCCUUUGGAAGUUGAAGUCCUAUUAGAAAAAUGGAAAAGGGAGCCAGGCACCGAAAUAACGCUGAAAAGAACCAGCCAGGUGGGGACAAGUCGGACGCCAGCCCCGAAGCUGGUGCCGGAGGGGGCGGAGUAGCCCUGAAGAAAGAAAUCGGAUUGGUCAGUGCCUGUGGUAUCAUUGUAGGAAACAUCAUCGGCUCCGGAAUCUUUGUUUCACCAAAGGGCGUGCUGGAGAAUGCUGGUUCUGUGGGACUUGCUCUCAUUGUCUGGAUAGUGACAGGUCUCAUCACAGCUGUGGGAGCCCUCUGCUAUGCUGAGCUCGGGGUCACCAUCCCCAAAUCUGGAGGUGACUACUCCUACGUCAAGGACAUCUUCGGAGGACUGGCUGGGUUUCUGCGGCUGUGGAUUGCUGUGCUGGUGAUCUACCCUACCAACCAAGCUGUCAUCGCCCUCACUUUCUCCAACUACGUGUUGCAGCCGCUCUUCCCCACCUGCUUCCCCCCAGAGUCUGGCCUUCGACUCUUGGCCGCCAUCUGCUUAUUGCUCCUGACAUGGGUCAACUGUUCCAGUGUGCGGUGGGCCACCCGGGUUCAAGACAUCUUCACUGCUGGGAAGCUCCUGGCCUUGGCCCUGAUCAUUAUCAUGGGGGUUGUGCAGAUAUGCAAAGGAGAAUACUUCUGGCUGGAGCCAAAGAAUGCAUUUGAGAAUUUCCAAGAACCUGACAUCGGCCUCAUCGCACUGGCCUUCCUUCAGGGCUCCUUUGCCUACGGAGGCUGGAACUUUCUUAAUUACGUGACUGAGGAACUUGUUGAUCCCUACAAGAACCUUCCCAGAGCCAUCUUCAUCUCCAUCCCACUGGUCACAUUUGUGUAUGUCUUUGCCAAUGUCGCUUAUGUCACUGCAAUGUCCCCCCAGGAGCUGCUGGCAUCCAACGCAGUUGCUGUGACUUUUGGAGAGAAGCUCCUUGGGGUCAUGGCCUGGAUCAUGCCCAUUUCCGUUGCUCUGUCGACAUUUGGAGGAGUUAAUGGGUCUCUCUUCACCUCUUCCCGGCUGUUCUUUGCUGGAGCCAGAGAAGGCCACCUUCCCAGGGUGCUGGCCAUGAUCCACGUGAAGCGCUGCACCCCAAUCCCAGCCCUGCUUUUCACAUGCAUCUCCACCCUGCUGAUGCUGGUCACCAGCGACAUGUACACACUCAUCAACUAUGUGGGUUUCAUCAACUACCUCUUCUAUGGGGUCACGGUUGCUGGACAGAUAGUCCUUCGCUGGAAGAAGCCUGACAUCCCCCGCCCCAUCAAGGUCAACUUACUGUUCCCCAUCAUCUACUUGUUGUUCUGGGCCUUCCUGCUGGUCUUCAGCCUGUGGUCAGAGCCAGUGGUGUGCGGUAUCGGCCUGGCCAUCAUGCUGACAGGCGUGCCUGUCUAUUUCCUGGGUGUUUACUGGCAACAAAAGCCAAAGUGUUUCAAUGACUUCAUUGAGCUGCUAACCCUGGUGAGCCAGAAGAUGUGUGUGGUCGUGUACCCUGAGGCAGAGAAGGGCUCAGGGACAGAGGAGACAAGUGAGGACGUGGAGGAGCAGCAGCAACCCAUCUACCAACCCACUGUCACUAAGGACAAGGACUUGGUGGAGCACCCCCAGCCCUGAGGACCACUGUUCCUCAGUGGCUACUCCCUCCUUUGUCCCCUUCCUGCAUUCCUUCCCUGCCUGGGUCCCCCCAACACACACACAUACACACA